GCCCCCUCGCCGCGCCGGGGCGGGCCCUGCCCGGAGCGGCCGCGGCUCCGCGAUGAGGGCGGCGGGGCGGCGGGGCGGCCGGGGGCUGCGCGGGGCUCUCUGAGGGCGCCGGCGCCCCGCGCACCCCAACAUGGAUCUGCUGAUGCUGGUCAACGCCAGCCCGGGCUCCCUCAACGAGUCCCUGGCGCUGCCCCCGUCCUCGCCGGCCCUCCUGCAGCCGCCCUCGCCCUACUCCCCGGCGGCCGUGGCCAGCCUGGCCGCCCUGGUGGGUUUCCUCAUCGUCUUCACCAUCGUGGGCAACGUGCUGGUGGUGAUCGCGGUGCUCACCAGCCGGGCUCUGAGAGCCCCCCAGAACCUCUUCCUGGUGUCGCUGGCCAGCGCGGACAUCCUGGUGGCUACUCUGGUCAUGCCUUUCUCCUUAGCCAACGAGCUUAUGAAUUACUGGUACUUCGGCAAGGCUUGGUGUAACAUUUACCUGGCGCUGGACGUGCUCUUCUGCACCUCCUCCAUCGUGCACCUGUGUGCCAUCAGCCUGGACAGGUACUGGUCAGUCACACAGGCGGUGGAGUACAACCUCAAACGGACCCCGCGGCGGAUCAAGGCCAUCAUCCUCACUGUCUGGCUCAUUUCAGCUGUCAUCUCCUUCCCACCGUUGAUCUCCAUGUACCGGGACCCUGAAGGAGAUGUCUUUCCCCAGUGCAAGCUCAAUGAUGAGACGUGGUACAUCCUUUCUUCUUGCAUUGGCUCUUUCUUUGCUCCCUGCCUCAUCAUGGUGUUGGUCUAUAUCCGCAUCUACCGUGUGGCCAAGCUAAGGACCAGGACCCUCUCUGAGAAGCGUACAAUGCCAGAGGGGUCCUCACAGACUGAAAAUGGCUUGAGCCGCCCUGCUGGGGGCUGCACGUCCCUCAGGAUGCAGCUGGGAGAGAAUGGACAUUACUCAGGGCACCACUGGCGCAAAGCCUCUGAGCUGGAGGACAUUGAGCUGGAGGAGAGCAGCACUUCAGAAAGCAGACGGAGGCGGAGCCGGGAGGAGCAUCCCCGCAAGAGCAGCAAGAGCCGGUCCUUCUCCUACUCAUAUUCCUCCAAGCACUCUUCUAGUAGUCGUCUGUCCCGCGCUAGCAAUCGCUCCAUGCAGUUCUUCUCAUAUCGCCGUCGCCGGAAGCGUAGCAGCAUCUGCCGUAAGAAAGUCGCCCAGGCCCGGGAGAAACGUUUCACUUUUGUGCUGGCUGUGGUCAUGGGAGUCUUUGUAGUUUGCUGGUUCCCUUUCUUCUUCAGCUACAGCCUCUAUGGUAUUUGCCGGGAGGCAUGUGAGGUCCCUGAGACUCUCUUCAAGUUCUUUUUCUGGAUUGGGUAUUGCAAUAGCUCCCUCAACCCAGUCAUCUAUACCAUCUUCAACCAGGACUUCCGCAGGUCCUUUAAACACAUUCUAUUUAAGAAGAAGAAGAAGAGCUUCCGGCACUGAGCUGGAGGAAUAGAUUUGCCUUUAGCAAGAGUGGAGUUGAAAGAGAAGGGGAACGUUCUAUGCUGAAAAAGAAAGGAAGGAAGAGAACAUGGGGUUUGGGGUUGGAGAGAAGCAAGAGGGGUUAUCUCCUUGGUGGAGCAGUGAUGGUGUGGGGUACAGGGACAGUGUCAGGGAGGCAUAGGGCAUUCACCAUGGUACAGAAUGGUGACAUGGUGCUGGAGAAGUGGUACUGGAGUGUGGAUGAGUAAACUGGGAGGGGAGUGAUCACCUGGAACCCUGAUGGAGAACAUGUAGUGUCCACAGAGGAAAGUAGGGGAAGAAACUGAGUUUGGGAGUUCUGGAAUUUUGUGGGAAGACAAACAGAGACAUCAAAAGGAAGGAUUAAGUGGCAAUGAUAGUGGCGAUUUAAGUAUUUAUAAAUAGAGGAGCUGGAGCCUGUGAUAGGCUCUUCCCAGUAAGAAAUUGGCUUUUACUGUUUGUGUGGAGAAAGAAAGUGCAAAGUACCAGGCACUGACAGUCAUUUGAGUUAUGAAAGGAUUUAAAUGUUUGCCAAAAAAGCCCUAAAGAACAAUCCAAACUCUUUUCUAAAUAAACCUUUGUACUGUUAAAACCUUCUGAAUGAUGAUUUUACACAGGGCUUAAGUCAAACGGAAAAUGUGGGGGUUUCUUUUACUUUGGAGGGGUCUUUUUUCAUAUAGAGCUGAAUGGGAAACAUCUUUCCUAUUUUCCCAUAAUUUUAAAUUUGUCAGUGCGGGAAGCCUGGCAGUCUUGCAUGUUUUCAUGAAAUAUGAAAAGGAGCACAUGCACCCCGUGAAAUUAUUUCUCCCUGUUGGAUUACCAGGAGGUAAAUUCCUGCUCCAUUGCUUUCAGAUCAGUAGCCUAAGCACCUCUCUGUCCUGGAGUGAAAAAAGAAAGAAAUCAUUUUGGUAAAAAUGUUUUGACCUAUAUUUUCUGAGUUAAAAAAGUCAAAUUUCCAGCCAGCUCAACUUACAUGUGCCCUAAGGAACUUUCCCCCCGUCUUUUUAGGUCCCUCUUAAAAGGCUUAUCUCAGGGGCUGGAUGCAUGCUGCUCUCAUUCUGAGACAGGCAGUUGGAGGCAGUCUGCUAUGCAGAAUUUCAGAGGGAGAGCAAUCAUCACACCACCAAGGUCUUUAAAUCCUUCAUAUUUACAUUCUUAGAGCAAUUAAAUCCUUUAUUUUUUUAAUGAGAAGCAUAUAUAGCAGAUUGUCAGUGCUGUAUGUGAACAAAUCUCAAAAGAAGGUGCAGCUGUUCCAAACCUUUAAUGUUAUUGUUGCUUUCUUUCCCUUUUCCUGUCUGCAUUUCUAGUUUAUGAUUUCAAAGAAUUUUGUUGGGGGGAGGAGAGGGAAGAGAGGAGAAGAAUUUGAAUUAGUUAUUAAAGCAAACCCUAUUUCCCAUGGGUUUAUAAAAUGUCAUAAACUGUGAUGAAGAGCAUGAGAAACAAGGACUGGUGUCUGUACACUCACCACUGAAUACAUACCAAGUGUAAACUCAGCUGAGCAUUUACAUCCCUUCUCCAGCUGUGCUGCUGCGAGGUGUGUAUUCUGUUUGCGGGGUAAAUACCACUCCAUUUUAUGCUCCUUCCAUAGGCAGCAGUAUUUGGCAUCUGCCUCAAAAGAACCUUUGCAAGUAAACAGCUCUUUGAAAAAUAGAAUGAAAUCUAAGCUUGUGCUGCAGGCUUCUUGAAACAGCUUUGAAUCUAUACCUGAGAAUCAUUAGAUAUCCCCUUUACUAGUCCUGUUCUGUGUGAAAGGUGCCCGUACCCUCUCUUCUCUUGAAAUUUCUGUGGAUUAAGAAGAAAUGAUAGAGCAGUCCCUUCGUUUCCUCGGUUCUUCAUAAUAAGCAUUUGGUUCACAUAACCCUGGAAGAAGGAGGUUGUUGGUGGCUAAGAUUCUGAUGUUAAUUCAAAAGAAAAUUUAACUUCAGGGUCGACUUAUAGGAUUUCUGCCAAAAUAAGGAUUAUAUGAUUGCACCAAAUGCAUUAGAAGUUUGUUUGAUUUCACUAAAGCAGCAACUGAGACAUUUUCAAAGUCAUAAGUCCGUAACUUAUUGGAUCCUUUCUUGAAGUAAGGCUUGGAGUGGUGAAAACAUUUGAGCUUUGUUUAAACAUUUGCACUUAAAGAAGGGAUAUUAAGACUUAUUUUCAGGAAUAUUCCUUUAUGAAUAACAGUGAUUUGGUACAAGUACAUGUCUGAAACAAAUAAAUAGGAAAAAAAAAUAGCACCCAAGAGGAGGAAAUUACAAGCCAUUUUCUCUUUAGCAAAAUGGAGAAUUGUUUUAAAAGUUAGUUACAUCAAGAAGAGCUGAAACAAGAUUAUAUUGUUUGUAGGUAAUGAUGUAGCUAAAAAUUUCAUGUUUGAUUAAUCUGAAGAAACUAUAUAAUUGCCAGAGCAACCAAAGCAACACAUGGUACAUAGCUACUACCUCUGAGCUACUGGGUGGCUUCAUUGGAGAUACCCAUUUCUACCAAGAUGAAGGUCUGCUUUUGUCAGGUAGUCUCAUUGAGAGUGGUUUCCCAGUCUGCAGACACACAGCAGUUUUCAUUCUUGCGCUGCUUUUGAAAUGAGAUUUGUUGCCUAUAAACAAUCCUUUCACUUCGUUUUUCCUUGUAGAAUUCAAGGAGGCUAUGGAAGUGAAAUUUAAUUGACAUUCAGAUUUUAGUGAAGGUUAAGUAUGUAUGGAAUGACUGAUGUGCCUUAAACGUAAUUUCUUUGCU